AUGAAUUCAAUGGAAUAUAAUGAAAAUGAAAGGAUGGAUGUAAUAUGCAAUCCCAUAGAAAACGAUGAAGUGUGUAUGAAAAUGCCUACUGCACAACAGCUCACUUUAACAUCCACUGAGUCCAUUGCUAAUAAAAUUCAGCAAUUAUAUAGUAUGUUUGUGUCACAAGCUGAUGUACCGAAUCGAGAACCAUCUAACAAAAAUGUAGACAAACAGCUAAGGUUUUAUUCUACAAAAAAACCAAGGACAAAAGCACCAGAGGAACAAAGACUAAAUAAGCCAACAAUCCAAGUAAUAAACCAAAUAAAAAAUGAUCUUAAAGGCAACGAUACCCCAUACAUUAAUAUUGACCCACAUUUUGAACAUUCAUAUGGACAGUUAGAUCAGAAGAAGAAAUGA